GUUAAAAUCACGUCUAAUCUCACAAAAAAUGACGAAAAGAAGUCGUAAUUUUGCUGCUUGUGACUAUACCAAUAACAAUAACACUUUCGAGUGAUGAAACUAAUGGGCCCUGUAAAUCUUCCAAUCAAAAACGCCAACAACAAACUGUAUAUAAUUUAUACUCACAACUCUAGUGUGGACAAUAUGAUUUUCGAGACAAACAAUAUGCCCCAUACUGGUCAGGCCGGAGUGAACCAACUAGGCGGAGUGUUUGUAAACGGAAGACCUCUUCCAGAUUGCGUCAGAAGACGAAUAGUGGAAUUGGCUCUGUUGGGCGUACGACCUUGUGAUAUUUCGCGUCAGUUGCUGGUGUCGCACGGGUGCGUUUCCAAGAUUCUGACCAGGUUUUAUGAGACCGGCAGUAUCCGGCCUGGAUCUAUAGGUGGUUCCAAGACAAAGCAAGUAGCAACGCCGACUGUUGUGAAAAAAAUCCUGCGUUUCAAGCAAGAAAAUCCCGGCAUGUUCGCAUGGGAAAUACGGGAACAGUUGAUUUCGCAACGGGUAUGUGAGCCUCACAAUAUCCCCUCUGUCAGUUCGGUAAAUAGGAUUUUGAGGAACAGCGGAGUGUGGCCUGAUCAGGAUUUCAUGCCUAGGGCACAACAUGGAACUUCAGCAGAUUUCUAUCCUAAACACACAAGCCCGUCACUUCCAUCAUAUUUCUCGCCUUCAGUACAUGAGUCUGCUUCAUCAUACCCCCCUAGUUCUAGAAUAAGUUCCUUACACCACCAACUUCAUGUAGUCACUAAUACUGACUCAGCUCCUAGUUCUUCGUGGUCUAGUUUCAAUAAUCUGGUCAUUCCAUAUCGGGAUUAUUCACCAAAUUUACCGAAGGAAACUGAUACACUGCCACAGAGGGAUGAACCAAAGAAAAAUCCAUAUUCGAUUGAAGAGAUUUUAAAAAAGCCUAGCAAACAAAUCAAGCCUUCUAGUCCUGUGGGGUGUGUGAAUGUUCAUCAACCAGUUGGUGCUAUAAUCACUACGGAGGAUUUUGUUGUAGCACAUCAAAGUCAUAGUGAUGAUGAUGAUGAAAAAGAUUUAAAAAUUGAUGUAGAUUAGUAUAUAAUAUUUGCUUCUUAUUUAUUUAAUUUAUUAUUUCAAGUCUCAUUUUUGCUAAAAAAAAGUCCCUAGGAUGUGUUGCAUUUACGUAUAAAUUGUUAUUUAUAUAGCAAAAUCAGGUGAUAUAGCUUUUUGUGUCAUACUUUGAGCCAUAAUUAAUGAUGUAGACUGUACUUUAUAUGUUCC